AUGGUGUGUGAAUGGAUUGGUAACGAAGUUGCCCUCUCACGGGUCCCAGUUGACGUGAAACGCACUGUCCCACCGAAUGCAGUCGAAGCAAAACCUGGACUGUAUAUAAUCCGAGCCAAUCGCGAAUUUCAUCUAAUCCCGGGAAAAUGGAAUGGGACCACGCCGCAUGCAUUUGUGCCCCAUGGGUGUGCUGCAGUCGAAGUUUCCAAAUUUGAAGUAUUGUGCAACACGCCUGUGUUUCCGAAUCGUCCACCGUAUGAAUGGUUACCAGGAUCCCAUGGUUCGGUUCCUCCUCUCGCGGUACGCGGUGGAAAAUGCAUAUCCCAGGAACCCUUAUUUAUCACUCGGGCCGUAAUUGAAAACGAAUGGUGCACUGGCAAAUUUAAUCCGUCUCAUGGAGCUGCUUAUUUUCCGUUCAAUCAUGUCGAACGUCCCAGUUGA